AUGUUCACAGGUGGUUUGGGUCUUUCGCGAGAAGGCAGUCUGGCAUCGCUCCAUUCGGAAGACGACUACCGAGACCACAAUAUGGCAUUGCGGUACCGGCUGUACAGCCGGCUUGACCCUGGAGGACAGCAACUGUUUCUCUAUUUGGAACACAAUGAUGGGGACUUCCUUGCUAGCGAUGCCUUGGGCAUUACAACAGCUGGUGGUAUAGAUCCAAUAAUGAUGGAAUUCUCGGAUGUGUGUCGGUAUUUCUUGGGAAAAGGUGGAGAAUAUCUUGCCGUUGUGUUCUCGGUGAUUGUUCUACUUGGCGGCAUAAUGGUCUAUUGGGUUCUCAUGUCGAACUUUCUCUACUACACAGGAGCUGUUGUUUACGAAUCUCUACAACCGAACAGCACGACUAUUCCUAUUAUGGAGAACAAGACCUUCACCUGUGACGUGUACUGUCCGAUGGAAAAGUCUGCUCUGUCAUAUCUGGAGAAAGGAAGUGAAGAGUUCUUCGAACAGUGGUCUCAACCUUCAUGGGAUUUCGAUAGUCUUUGGCAAUUGCAGUUUCUAACUGAAUUUGUGGAAAAACAAGACGAGCUUUUAGGCUGUACUAAGAAGAAACCUCUGUAUUUUCUCGAAUCUAAUAUUUUAUUUUUUCUGGGUACCGUUCCUGUAUACCUCGCCAUCAUAACUCUUCCUCUGAUGAACUUCAAGUCACCGACGUUUUUCACGAAGUUCAAUGUAUUGGGGACGAUAUCGGUGUUCUAUCUGCUUAUAUUUACCGGCUCAAAACUACUUGAAUGUGGCAUGAACAUGAAUUUCGGUGAUCCAAAUUCGAUUCAUUACGCUGCAGCAUUCAGUUGGCGAUUUCCUGCUCUUACUGGUACAUUAACGUUGUCUUUUUUCAUUCACAAUGCGGUGCUUACUAUACUUCGAAAUCAGAAGAAUCCCGAAAACAAUGCUCGUGAUCUCUCAAUCGGUUAUUUGUUAGCCGCUCUGUGCUACGUGUUCAUCGGUUUUACGUUUUAUGCCGGCUUUCCAGUGCAGAGAACUUGUAUUAGUGACAAUUUUUUGAACAACUUUGGUGCUGGCGACAUUCUAAGUAGUACUGCCAGAUUGUUUCUACUUUUUCAAAUGAUCACUGUCCUCCCUCUUCUGAUGUUCCUGAUCCGAUCACAGCUCUUCUACGCCUUCAUGGGGAAAACGUGGCCUGGUCUUGUACCAGUUAUUCUCUUGAACUGUGGAAUUAUCUGUAUUGCGGUAACGGUUGCCAUACUGUACCCCAAAGUUGGCAGUAUACUUAGAUAUGUCGGCUCGCUCUCUGGUUUGAUCUACGUGUUUGCCUUACCAUGCUUGGUUUAUAUGAGGAAAUUGCAUAUGGAAGGCCGUCUUACGCCCACAAAACAAUUCAUCCACACCACAAUCAUCGCUAUAGGUGUUCUGAAUUUCAUUUCACAAUUUGUUAUUUGA